AAACAAUACAAUACAAUACGAUACAUUAUGAAACGACGUGUAACAACAAUCCAAACAAAUUGUUAGUGAAAAUCCUGACUCAGGCUCUAGAUUUCAGCCAUUCCUUAUUCCACCAUUAUCCCUUGGUGGUGCCAAAUCCAAGAUACUUACAACUCCCAUACUAAUGACCUAAGGUCGAAUAAAGAAAACUUGAAAUAAUUGUUCUUUUUCUUUUUCUGGUAGGUGGUGAAGAGGGGAAUGCAAAUCUUUAAACAAUCUGAAGAAGCAAAGAGCUUCUAACUAAUACAGACAUCACAUGUCCCACAAUAUCACUUCUUGAGGUCUGAACUUUGAGUCUGCAACUAAACUAACACACCAAAUAGGCAAAUACCAUCAAAUUCAACUCCCUUGAUUUACGGCACUCUUUUUUUGAGACUUGAUAUCCCUCUCACGGACUUGAAUUUCAUUACCCGCCACCCCUCAAUCUUAUAUUUAUAUUCAAUUGCAUAUAUUCCCGGUAAACUACAAACUAUAACUUCCUCCCGACCACAGCUUACAACUUUCACAUACGAGCAAUUUUUUUCAAAAUCUCACUCAAAAGGUACUGAGUUGAAAUUCCAUUCUAACAAAAGAGUGAUCGAUGGCAGUCGCAACGAGUUCCAAUUCCCGAUCAAGCACUGAGCUUUUGAUCCCUAAGAAAUGGAAUCAUAGGGAGAUCACUUCUCCUGAGAGAAACAUGAUUUGGAUUGAACCAAAACCUAAGGCUUUCAAAACUGUCCCUGUUAUUUAUUAUCUUUGCAGAAAUGGCCAACUUGAGCAUCCUCAUUUCAUUGAAGUUCCAUUCUCUUCCUCCGAUGGACUCUAUCUCCCAGAUGUGCUAAAUCGGUUGAAUUUACUGAGAGGAAAAGGCAUGGCUUACUUGUUCUCCUGGUCUUGCAAGCGGAGCUACAAAAAUGGAUACGUGUGGCACGAUUUAUCGGAGAACGAAUUGAUUCAUCCAACUAACGGUCACGAUUACGUUCUCAAAGGAUCGGAGCUUCUAGAAACUUCAAUGAGUUCCCGAUUUUGUGAAAUUUCACGUUCUGAUCACUCGGAUGAAAAUCGCGAUUCUUCUUCUUCGACUACGGCGAUCAUGAGGAGGAGGAAUCAGUCGUGGAGUUCAUUCGAGAAUCCUCGACAAGAGUAUAGUGUAGUGUACAAGUGUGAGUCCGGGCGAGAAAUAGCCGGAAAAUUCAAUUCAUCGGAGGCUGCGGCGGCGGACGCGGCGACACAAACGGAGGAGAAGCGGAGGGAACAGGAGAAUAAGAGUGUGGAGCUGAGCAGAGAAGAAUUGUCUCCGCCACUGUCGAUGGAUAGUUCUGAUGGAAUCGAGGGUGGGAGUGGAUCGAAGGGCGUUGAUCAAACGGCUGGGAAUGAGUUUAGCAGUGGUGGUAGAAUGAGGGCGUCUCGUGUUGUGAUGCAGCUUAUUACUUGUGGAUCGUCCACCUCAGUUGACUGCUCGAUGACAAAAGGCCAAAAUAGGUCCAAAUAUUAAUUAAAAUAAUGCUGCUGUCCAAGGGACCUCAACUUUAUCUAACUUUUUCUUCUUUUUGUCAAUCAUUCAAUAUGUAAUGCGAAUUAAUAUAUUUCUUGUUAUAAAUAUAUUAUAUUAUGGAUGUUCAUUUAAUACUU